GGUCCCGACACGGUACCCGAUGAGGUCGACUUGGUCACUAGCGGCGUACAACAAGAGCAAGGGAAAACGAAAGGGACCGGUCCGACGAUAGGGUCACUGCACAGAACGAGAAGCGGAACGAAAUGUUGAGGGCAUGGAAUGAUUGGAAAGUCAAGGCGAACGACGUUCCCGCUCCGAGCAAACCCUCCACACCUUCAUAUGCCUCAUCCGCGGCCACACCAUCCUCUGUCCUCCCUGACACCCGAACCUCAGCACCCUCAUCAGCCCGUGUGCUCGUCAUCAAAAACAAUGCGAGCAAACAACGCUUUAGCCGAGGCGGAUGGGGAUCGAACUCUCUCCGCAAUCCUACCGAAAAACAGGAAACGGUCUGGGAACGAGUGGCGCGGAACAUCCAUGAGCGGGAUCAAGCGGCCGGAUCGAAUUUGCUUGAUGACGCUGAAAAGCAGACGCCUGUCACCUUUGCACACCUCGCUUCAGGCGGACAACAACAACAACAAGGCUCUUCGUCCGAUUCCGAAUCUAAACCCUCUAUUGCCCCACCACCCCGUCCAUCCUUUGCCACGACUGCCUCUCAACCCAAUCGACCCCAUUCGAGAGCAGUCGGGGGAGUCGGAGCUCGUAUUGCGAACAAGGACGAGUUUCCGGGAUUACCUACACGAGCCCCUCGACCUGCACUUUCUCGACCCAUCAAUGGACGUAUUGGGGGUCAGGCGUGGGGAUCUGAAUCCGAGGAUGGACAGAGUGGGGAGAAAAAUGAGGAGAGGGGACGAAAGGGGAAGAAGGGUAAAACGGUGUUGAUGCAUUUUGGAUAGAUUUUAUUUUAGUGACAUUUGACGUUUUCUUCAAACGUGCGUGGGUGUGGCAUUUAAUUGUAGAUACCCAGAUCAUUUUACUGCUUUAUUUGUGUUAAUUUCCCGUUGGUCUACUUGUUUUCCUUGCCCAUUUAUAAAAGAUUCCAAUCGCAUCAUG